CUUUCUUUCUCUCCUCCUCUGUCUGAACCUUUUGGCUCUUUCUAUACCCUUUUUCUUCCUCCUUUCCUCUCCAUCUCCCUCUUCCUUUUAAGUUUCUCAAAUGGCACUUCAAUCUCCAGCAUCUCUUCUUCUUCAUUUCCUUGUCCUCUUCAUCACAACACUUUCCCUUCACUCUAAUCUAUCUUUCUCAGCUUUGCUACUAAGUUUAAGGCACCACCAUCAGCACUUGAAGAGUGAGAGACCAAUGAUUCAUGCAAACCAAAGCAACUGUGCAUUGUUUGUUGGAAACUGGGUUCAUGAUGAUUCAUACCCUCUUUACCAAUCUUCAAGCUGCCCCAUGAUUGAUCCUCAGUUCAACUGCCAAUUGUAUGGUAGACCUGAUUCUGAUUACCUCAAAUACAGAUGGAGGCCCCUCAAUUGUGAUCUUCCAAGGUUCAAUGGAGGUGAAUUUCUGAUGCAAAUGAGAGGGAAAACAGUGUUGUUUGUGGGUGAUUCACUUGGGCAUAACCAGUGGGAAUCAUUGAUCUGUAUGCUAUACACUGCAGUUCCUCAGUCUCAGUCUCAAACCCAGAUGGUUAAGGGAGAGCCUCUCUCAACCUUCAGAUUCUUGGACUAUGGUGUAACCAUUUCGUUUUAUAAAUCUCCAUUUUUGGUUGAGGUUGAUGUGGUGCAAGGGAAGAGGAUUCUCAGAGUUGAGGAGGUUGAUGGCAAUGGCGAUCCGUGGAGGAAUGCCGAUGUGAUUUCUUUUAACACCGGACAUUGGUGGACUCAUGAAGGCUCUCUUCAAGGAUGGGAUUACAUAGAAUUAGGAGGGAAAUACUAUCCAAACAUGGAUCGUUUGGCAGCUUUGGAAAGAGGACUAAGAACAUGGGCUAAUUGGGUGGAAACUAAUAUUGACAGAACCAGAACCAAAGUAUUCUUCUUGGGAAUUUCUCCUACUCAUACCAACCCAAAUGAAUGGAACAAUGGAGUAACAGGAGUGACAAGAAAGAGUUGCUAUGGCGAAACAGAACCAAUAAGUGCAACAUCAGCCACUGCAUACCCAGGUGCUGAAUAUCCUGAGCAAAUGAAGGUUAUUGACAUGGUCUUAAGAGACAUGAAGAAUCCACCUUCCCUUUUGGACAUAACAUUGUUAUCCGCAUUUCGAAAAGAUGGCCACCCUUCGAUCUACACCGGCGAUUUGAGCCCUCAGCAACGAUCUAAUCCUCUUUACUCAGAUUGCAGCCACUGGUGCCUCCCCGGCCUGCCGGAUACUUGGAACGAAUUGUUCUACACUGCUUUGUUCUACUAAACAUUUUUCAGCCGAAACGACGAAAAAUCAAAACAGGUAUCCUUCACAGGAGGUAAUGCCGUUCGAGUUGAGAAUAUCUGCAUCUUUCUGGGGUUGGCUCUUCGGAUGAGAAUGUUUUCCGGCGCACAAGACUCGGAGCUUGGAGCCGAGACCCCGAUUAAGACGAGAAUCGAGCAUGUACUACUUGAAUCAGCCCUGGUGGUUAACUAAAUUAGUUAUAUAUGUUUUAGAAGCUUAAUGAUUAACAAUACAUUUUCCUUUUGCUUCAUUUUUUUCUUUUUUAUAACUUUUAAAUUAGUAGGUAAAUGCCAUUUAUUUGGAUGGUUGCAUGAUGGAUAACUGCUUAAUCUGUACAGAUAUUCUAGUGAAAUGAGAUAAUUCUUUUUUCUUCAUUAUUCUA